AUGGCGUACACAACGCUUCUUCUUGGCAUUUUAGUACAUAUAAUUUAUCUUUAUUCUGUCUUUGAUAUUUAUUUUACUUCACCACUAGUUCAUGGCAUGACUCCAUAUCGUUCUACACAUAAACCACCUGCAAAACGACUUAUACUCUUCGUUGCUGACGGACUACGUGCAGAUAAAUUAUUUGAAAAUGGUUGUAGUCGAGCACCAUUCAUUCGUGACGUAAUAUUGAACUCGGGCAGGUGGGGAGUGUCACACACACGAGUACCAACUGAAUCAAGACCUGGUCAUGUCGCAGUAAUCGCUGGUUUUUAUGAAGAUGUCAGCGCCGUGGCCAAAGGUCUGAGAUUAUUAAAAUAUAUUGAACUCGAUCAACAAUUAAAAAGUAGACAUCACAGUCACAGAAUACACACACAGAAGGUCGACUAACGCAAAAAAGCGUAACCACUGCUACGCCAUGAUUUGGCAUCGAAAUGCUCACACCACUACACCAUGGUCCUAGCAAGUGUGCUUAUGGGAGACAUUCACCCCCCUGGACAUCUGCCAUUUUAAAUAUUUUCAGGGGGUGAAUGCCUCAUAAGUGCACUGGCUAGGACCAUGCCGUCAGCAUUGAUUAGAGAUCGGAUUAGAAUUGGGACUAUAAGGUUUGGUGUAACUUUUGGUGUACUUGUGGUUCUGGUUCCCGACCGACCCUAUUUUUUCCUGCCGACCCUAUUAUUUUUUCAACACGAUUGAUCAUGCGACCCUAUUUUCUCCAGGUGGUUGCGGGCUGCUGCCAAAAUGGCGUCUGUUGUCACACUAAUUAUUGAAAAAACCAUGAAAAAAAUAUUUAAAAAAAAAUCAUUUCCGACCUACCGACCCUAAUUUUUUCGCGAUAUGAAACCGGAACCACAGGUUUUUUUUACACCUUAGGAUUACAGUCAGGAUUAAGGUUACAAUUAAGAAGUGAGCUCCAUAUAUAGCCUGCGUGCAGGCCCAAGGGAACUGAUAGUGGGCCUGCAACCAUCGCCCGGUAUUUUGUAAAACGCCCCUUUUCAUAACACGCCCCAUUCGUGUGUGCAAUUCUUGUUGGCGGCGGAAAGUACGAAAUUUAUUUCAUUUGGUAAAGAACUCUACAAAAGAAGAGAGCGUUCCGAGUCCAGAUCGUUUCGUUUCAAACGGCAAUUUAAUACCGCCUUCUGUUUCGCUCUCUCAGCGAAGCCUUGUAAAUCGCAAAGUGUUUCGAAUAGGCUUACAGUCCUUACAUGCAACUGCAUCUCAACAUCAACCAAAAAAUAAUUUUCUUGAGGAAGUGAGAACACAUAACGUAUCAACUGAAGUUUGUUUGAAAUUAAUGAAACUCAAGUAAAGGUUACUAUAGUUUACCCCAGUCGUAAUUUGCUAUUCCAACACCUCACGACAAGCAAUCCCCAUUGGCAUAACGGCAAAAACAUGUCUUCCUUCAAGUAAACAAUAAACAGUCUGUUCUUGUUCCAUUUGUAAUCGAAAAAAGUGAUCAAUUUUCAAAUUUUAAGCUUAUCGAGAGCCUUUGUCUAUGCCUUUGUGAUGAAUCACUGUUCCCUUGGGCCUGCACGCUAGGUUAAUUAAUUACCGAUCGCCUCAGCUAGCCAAUGGGAAUUUAGCUGGCGGUUCGGCCGGCGAAAAUCGAAAACAUGGGGUGAUGGUUGCAGGCCCACUAUCAGUUCCCUUGGGCCUGCACGCAGGCUACUCCAUAUAUAUCUGGCGCAAGAACUUCAGUUAUUCGGCCAAUGAGAAAGGUGAAGCCAAGAUGAUGGCCAUUAACAUCCACUAUUCCCCCUCUUUAAAUAGUCUGCAAGGCUCUGUCUGCGAGGCAGGCCCUCAAUUUUAUGGGGGGCCUGAUAUGCAGCGGGCUGGAUUCCAGGCUAUUCUUUAAAUCGAUAUCAAAAUACAAAAUUUCGGCACACUCAUUGCCAAGAUGGUGGAAAUUAAAGAAGCUAUUGGACGUCAGUUCCAGUCCCUUUCUAUUGUUUUUGUCUGCACGGUUAACACAAAGCUGGCUUCACGUUUUGGACUCAAUUUCUCGCUCCAGUUACAUAUGGAGCUCACAGGAAUUAAGGUUCUAGGAUUACAUUUAGAAUUAGGAUUAGACUUAAGGUUAGGACUAGAGUUAGAAUUAAGGUUUGGAUUAGAGUUCAGAUUAGAAUUUAGGUUAGGAUUAGAGUUAGGAUUAAAGUUAGAAUUAAGAUUAAGAUCAAGGUUAUGAUUGGGAUUAGGAAUGAUUUAAAUUGAGAUUGCUAACAUGGAAAUUGACAUGCACUUUUGUCAACAGAUAAACCACACUCAAACCGGACUUAGAGGCUACACCCUUUGGUCUGCCAUCAAUAAACUUCCCCACAUUUCCACGGUUGGUAAUAUUUUAAUGAAAAUGGCAAACACUUUAUAAACACUCUCUAUUUCUCAGGUUGGAAAGACAAUCCAGUAGAGUUUGACUCUGUGUUUAACGAAAGUCGCCAUACAUGGUCUUGGGGUAGUCCAGAUAUUUUACCAAUGUUUGCCAAGGGGGCAAGUGGUAGCCAUGUCUCAACAGAUAUGUAUGAUGCUCACCAAGAAGAUUUUGCUGCCAAGGAUCACUCACAAUUAGAUACAUGGGUUUUUGAGAAAGUUCAAAAACUCUUGGAAAAUGCUAAUGAUAGCAUUACGGCAAAACUGAGAAGUGAUCAAAAUGUGUUUUUUCUGCACUUACUAGGUAAGUUUGGGUGGUUGUUGGGUAAUUCUUAUUAGAGGUAUUCAUUUCAUAUAAUUUCCUAAAAUCUAUAUUUCCUAAAAUAGCCUAGUUAAUUCCAUUGGGUUGUACCUGUCGUGAACAAUUGUUGUGUUUUGUGUGCUGUAGGAUCUGUUCCUGAGCACAGGGAGAUUGUUAUUGUCACUCUAGAUCAGCCAUAUAUAUUGUCAUGACCAUUAGGACUAAAUGGAAACCAGGCUUAAGUAAUUCAAAUUAUAUAAUAAUUACUACAGUGAAACACGCAAUUUGAUUGGUCAAUAGCCGUGCAGGAUCAGGCUAUCCUAGUAUCCUGCACGAGGAAUUAAAAUGCUUUCGCAGGAUUUUCGCAGGAUUCUCAAAAUGUCAUUGUUUCACUGUAGUUAUUUUAUAAACCAAAUACCAAAUGGUUUUCCAAGUAGGAUAACGUGAUCCAUGCACUUCGGAUGUUGCUCGACUGUCGAAAGCGUAAAAAUACACUCGCCUGCGGCUUGAGUAUUUUUACGCUUUCCGAAAGUCUCGCGACAUCCCUCGUGCAUGGAUCACGCAAUCCUGCACGGAAACCAAUUCAGUAUUCCUUUAAUAUGACACUUAAAACCAUAAAUGCCAACUGAAGUCAUGAUAUAUUGACUAAUUAAUUAAGGGAAUGGAUAUUUUUUACCAGACAUUCUGUAAAGAUUAAUAAUUAAAUUAAACAAAGCUUUCUAAUUUGCCCAAAGGUAUAGACACAAAUGGCCAUGCACACAGACCAAUGUCUGAGGAAUAUCUUGCAAACAUUCAAACUGUAGACCAAGGGAUCAAGAGAAUGUAUGAACUAUUUGAAGAGUAUUUCAAUCAUGACAAUUCCACAGCAUACAUAAUGACGUCUGACCAUGGUAUGACCAACUGGGGCGCACAUGGUGCAGGACAUCCUCACGAGACGCUCACACCAAUUGUUGCUUGGGGAGCUGGACUCCAAAAAUCAGAGGCGGUAGAAUCACACGAGUACAAUGAUGGAUUAUCAGAACAGUGGGGGUUAUCUAGGGUGAAAAGAUGUGAUGUUUCUCAGGCUGAUAUUGCCCCCUUAAUGUCAUCACUGAUUGGUGAGUAGUGUUAUUUUAUUCCUGUUCUCAGUUGCAGCUGAAUUGGAAAGGAUGUGACCAAGUUAAAUAUCCAUGUCUGAUCAUAGAGCAGGGUGGAAGUCAUGGGUUAGUUU